AGCUAAAAAAAUAGUGUUGCCUCUUGAUAAUUGAAUCCGAAAUUUCAGUACCCCGCGCGGAUCUAUCUUGCAGCGAACGCUCCUCCUCUCCGGAGACGUUUGAUUUCUGCCCUCCCUAUAUCUGUCGGAGCACCUCUGUCGUUGCUACCAUCUGCUCUCACAAGCGACAAGUCCGACGGGAUUAGGCCUUAGGUUCUGCCAAUUACUGGAUGCAACUUGACCUCCUGCAUCCGUCAAGACGAAGAAAUUAGUGCAGUCUGAGGGGGGUUACAGCUAAUGAACAGCUUGUUUCGUGCAUGUUCUGCUGCUAUAUCAUCAAACACAACAAAUCGGAUAGGGACGAGUUCAUUUUGCAACUUAUCAGCUUAUCCGUGGAAUGCUAGUGUCAAUAAUGCUGGAGUUGCAAGUGUUAAUUUCAGCUGGUUUUUGAAAAACGCUUGCGUUAGGUUGUAUUCAUCUAAAGGUCCUCGGCGAAAGAAUACUCGAUCUAAGAAGUCUGGUCCCGCUCUUGCUACUCCUCCAAUAAUGAAUGAAGACAGAGACAGUUUCUUUGUCGUCAGGAAGGGAGAUAUCAUUGGAGUAUACAAGGAUUUGAGUGAUUGCCAAAAUCAAGUCGGAUCUUCGAUAUGCGAUCCUCCAGUUAGUGUGUAUAAAGGAUUUUCUAUGCCCAAGGGCACAGAAGAAUAUCUUCUUUCUCGUGGACUUAAAAAUGCCCUGUAUUCUGUCAGAGCCCAAGAUGUAACUGAAAAUCUUUUUGGCACUUUGGAACCUUGUCCUAUUCAGCUACCUUCUUCUUCCAGUGGCGGAGUGUCAGAUAAUUUCAUGCCAAAGAAGAGGUCUCAGGAUGCACUAUGGCCGGAUUAUGCAGAUGAUGCUGGACCAGCGCUGAGGCCAAAUGACCCUUCACUAGGAAAGCAAUUGAUGUUAGAAUAUACUGAUGAGAAAGCUAUACCAUCGGGUCGGUCAUGUAGUAUUGAAUUUGAUGGUGCUUCAAAAGGAAACCCUGGACAAGCAGGGGCAGGAGCUGUGCUGCGAGCUGAUGAUGGCAGCGUGACCAUUAAGCUUCGUCAAGGUCUGGGCGUGGCUACAAAUAAUGUUGCUGAAUAUCGAGCCAUUAUCUUGGGUUUAAAGUGUGCACUGAGCAAAGGGUUUACAAGAAUUCGUGCACAGGGUGACUCUAAGCUUGUCUGUAUGCAGGUCCAGGGCCUUUGGAAGGUUAAAAAUGAAAACAUGUCAAUAUUGUAUGAGCAAACAAAGCAAUUGAAAGAAAGAUUCUGUUCCUUCCAGCUCAUUCACGUUCUCCGGGAUUUCAAUUCUGAUGCCGAUGCACAGGCAAACUUGGCUAUCCAUCUUGCGGAUGGUCAAGUUGAGGAGGAGAUCGCAUAGAGAUGGCACACAAUUGCAGAAGAGUAGUACCAAAUACACUGGGGGUUAGUAGGGCCCACUUCACAAGAGAAUCUUAUGCUCUGGAACCGAAAUGGUUAGUCUUAUAGAGAACUGGUGCCAGUUCAGCAACAUGGGCACAGUUUAUUGCUCUUACAUUCUCAUUGAGUAUAGAGGGGAUCAUGUGGUUACUUCCUCCCACCCCUCCCAGGGAUUAUGCGAACUACGGGGCGGAUGUUUUUUUGUCUUCCCAUUUGUGAAAUGGAAUGAACUCAUCUCACAUUAUCAUUGUCAUGAUUAUUUUAAAGAAAUUUGAUCUCCUGUCCAAAUUGGGCAGGUUUUAUCAACUUUGACUGUUGUGCAUUUUUGUUGAGAAAAAUACAAAAACAUUAUCAGUUGACACUUGACA